CCAGUACUCUGGCAGCCGCAGCGCAGUCUUGAGUGGCCGCUCUUUAUGCGCUAACGAGAGCGGCUGAUAAGAAAGUUCACACUCUCCACCCCCGUCUGGAAGAUGAUAGCCAGAAGCCUUUUCACCGCGUGUGUGCAGCGAUAAGCCUUAUACUUGUAUACGCUUGCGUCGUCGGACACAGCGUUCUUCGUGCGAUGGCUUCCAUCCUGGAAAGCUGUCGCGAGCUGCUAGUGGAGUUGGGCGUAUACUUGUGGUGCGUCGUGGUCAGGCUGGUGUUUGCCUUGUGGUUCUCCUGGGAAAAGCCUGUACCACUGCCAGCUGCCACCGACAAGCUUCUGCUCCGUUCUGCUACAUCGCUUGCGGCAGACAUCAGAAAUGGCAAGGUCAAAAGCGUCGACCUCGUCUCGGCCUACAUCGAGCGCAUCCGGGAGGUUCAGCCUGUCAUCAACGCUGUCGUCGAGGAGAGGUUUGAGGAAGCGCUCGAGGACGCCAAGGCGGUCGACAGAUUGGUGGCAUCGGGGGCCUUGAGCGCAAGCCAAAUGAGCAAGGAAAAGCCGUUGCUGGGGCUGCCGUUCACCGCCAAGAACAGCAUUGCCAUCAAAGGUUUACGACAGGACGCGGGCUCGACGUUCUGGCACGGGCGGCUCGCCGAGGAGGACGCCCCGAGCGUGGCGUUGCUCCGGGCAGCGGGCGCCAUCCCGCUGGCGCUGACCAAUGUGUGCGAGCUGUGCAUGUGGGACGAUGCGAUGAACCUGGUGGACGGCUGCACGCGCAACCCGCACGACACUCGCCGAAGCCCCGGUGGAAGCAGCGGUGGAGAAGGAAGCCUCCUGGCAGCGGCUGGCUCCCUGAUUGGCCUAGGAACAGACAUCGGCGGAAGCGUGCGAACACCAGCCGCCUAUUGCGGGGUCUUCGGCCACAAGCCAACAGCCGGUGUGGUUCCCAACACUGGCCUGCUGCCAGAUGUCGGGGAAAACCUGGUGCAUUUCAACUGCGUGGGCCCCAUGGCCAGGUUCGCGGAGGACUUGCCGCUGAUGCUCAAGGUUCUGGCGGGAAGUCCAACCAACGGGUUUCGACUAAAUGAACAGGUAAAUAUGAAGACGCUGAAGCUGUAUUACAUGGACACGGAAGGAAGCUUUUACAUCAGCCGUGUGACCACCGAGGUUCGUCAAGCAGUUACACGGGUCACCCAGCACCUCAAGGCAGCGCACGGACUCGAAGCGCAGCGACUGCAGCUGCCCGAGAUGCGAUUCGCCAUGUACAUGUGGUACAAGGUCGCCGACGCGAUGGACGACAAGCCACUGGCCGAGAUGUUCAGACCCGGUGGCUUCAACACGCUAGUCGAACUGUUUCGCUACCUGGUGGGAGCUGGCCGGCACACCCUGGCGGCAUUGGCCGCGUGCACCAUCAUGAAAGUUUGCCGCUUCCGUACGAAGCAGAAGGCCGACGCCUACAUGGCCUCCCUUGACAGCGCCCGCGACAGGCUCGAGCAGACGCUCGGGGAGGAUGGAGUGCUCGUCCUGCCGGCGGCCAUGAGCGCCGCCCCGUUCCAGAAUCAGGAUUUGUUCUUCUUGGAUUCGUCUUGCAUGACGGCGCUCUUCAAUUGGUUCAAGGUGCCCGCCACGGUGUGCCCCGUAAUGCGGUCCGCGCAGGGAUUGCCCCUGUGCGUGCAGGUGGUGGCGAAGAGGGGAAACGACAGGCUGUGCUUGGCUGUCGCCAGGGAAAUCGAGAACCGCUUCGGUGGGUGGCUUGAUCCUUCGACGAAAAUGGAAGGUCGAGUCUAACGUCCGGGUAAUUGUGACGCAUUAACGUAGUUGGUCCUUGUUUUGACGCGGUUUCUUGUAUUCACCAUAAUUGCGAGCAAGCUCUUUCAACGUGUGCGUAACUGCAAAGAAGAGUGCCUCAGGUUAAUAGCUUGCAGGAAAGGUCUUUUGUAAAUUUUAUUGUUGUCAUGUCAAGUAAGAAAUUGCUCUGUACAAAGCAUUUCUCAUUUUCAUACAUGACGUUGCACGUCCGCGUUUCGGUCAAUAUUUCCCGUAUUUCUAAAAUCAGGAAAUAUUGCGAGAGAAAUAUCUCGUGAUUUUUUUUUUCAAUGGAUGGAUGAAUGAAAAAUGCGUUUCUUUAUUCGUUAUUACACGCAGGUUUUCCUUGCGUCAAACGCGGCGAAACAAUGAUUUUGCAGUUAAAUUUUUUUGCAACUCGA